CCGGAGGGCAGGAAGAUGGCACACAGCGAGGAGGGUUCCCUUCUGUCAAACGAGAGCGUCCCUAAUGGCAGUACUGCAGACAAGACGCCCGCAGGAAACGUUCCGCCUCCCCCGAUUCCUCCUCCGCUUCCGGACAACCUGUGUUACCCACCACCACCCCCCUCCUCCGCUGCCAACAGAGGCUUCCAUCUCCAGCUCCAUGCAACGACGCUCAUCCAACUCUACUGGAAGUACAAAGUCCUUCAACAUGAUGUCCCCAACCGGUGACAACUCGGAGCUGCUGGCAGAAAUUAAAGCCGGGAAAAGCCUAAAACCCACUCCACAUAGCAAAGGCCUCACCACCAUCUUCUCAGGCAGUGGACAGCAAGGAACAAAUCCAGAGGUUCAGUCUCCAUCGACCCCCUCCUCCGACCUCCCCAGUCACGCCCCCCGAGAACUCCACCAUCCUGACCAGUGGGGCGAUAAGAAAGCCAUCGGAGCCCAUAGUAAACGGGAAUUCUGCCCCGUCGGCUCCAAUGCAGAGCAGCCAGCUGGAUAUCGAAUCCCUCAUCCCCACCCAUGAUGAGCAGGGGAGGCCCAUCCCGGAGUGGAAGCGGCAGGUGAUGGUGAGGAAGCUGCAGCUGAAGAUCCAGGAAGAGGAGGAGAAGAAGCGCACGGAGCAGGAGGAGGCAGCACGGUUGUCAACCAUGCCGGCAUGGCGGAGAGAGAUCCUGAGGAAGAAGCUGGAAGAGGAUAAGUAAGAACUGAUUACAGAAAGAACAAGAAAAGUUAAAGAGAGAAGAGGCGGAUCGAGAGAAAGAGCAGUCCGAAAAGCUGAAGAUAUUGGGUUACGAUGAGAGCAAAUUAGCACCAUGGCAAAGGCAAAUUAUCCUGAAGAAAGGGGACAUAGCGAAACAUUAG